UGUAACGUUUCACCGCGACUGGCAUGACCUCACCUGCCAAUCACAAGAUGAGGUCGAGCUCGAAUAGUCCGCGGCUUGUCCAUCAACGUGAAACACCACCCACAAGACGAAUACUCGCUCUUACUGCCCGCCCUUCUGAAGGUUUAUUAUUCCGCGUCAAUUUGAAGCGCCGCCUUUCCUGGUAUUGCUGAGAACCGCCGAGUCCGAACGGGGUGCACUGUCUUACCUUCUUUAAAAAACGACCAUGAAUCCGGACCUACGGAAAGAGCGUGAGGCUGCAACCUUCAACACCGAACUCCUGACCCACAUCUUGGACGGAGGCUCCGAGCGGACUCGGCGGCGGAGAGAGAUCGAAUCGUUGGUGAUUGGUGACCCCGACUUUUGCCAUGAAGACGCAAACUUCCUCUCCCGCAGUGAACGCUAUGAAGCAGCAGUGAAGAAAAGUGCCCUGAUGAUCAUGAAGAUGAGGGAGUAUGGCAUCUCAGACCCCGAAGAGAUCUACUAUUACAAGUGCAUUGCAAGUGGAAGCCACCCAGAAGCUAUUGGUCUCCAUUUCGCCAUGUUCCUUCCAACCUUGAAGAGCCUCUGCACACCUGCUCAGAUGGACAAGUGGCUUCCCCUGGCACUGUCUUUCCAAGUCAUUGGCACAUAUGCACAGACAGAGAUGGGGCAUGGCACGCACAUCCGGGCACUUGAGACUACAGCAACCUUUGACCCUGCAACUCAGGAGUUUGUACUCAACAGUCCAACUGUCAGCUCCAUCAAGUGGUGGCCUGGUGGAUUGGGGAAGACAUCAAACCAUGCAAUUGUCCUGGCGCAACUAUACACACAAGGCCAGUACCAUGGCCUCCACGCUUUUAUUGUGCCCAUCCGGGCAAUGGGAACCCAUGAGCCUUUGCCAGGUGUCGUGGUUGGAGACAUUGGACCUAAGUUUGGUUUUGAUGAGAUAGACAAUGGGUUUCUGAAGCUGGAGAAUGUCCGCAUCCCAAGAGAAAAUAUGCUGAUGAAGUAUGCUAAGGUGGAGCCAGAUGGAAGAUACAUAAAGCCUCCAAGUGAUAAGCUGACAUACGGUACCAUGGUGUUCAUCCGUUCUAUGAUUGUUGGGGAGUCUGCAAAGGCGAUAUCGAAAGCAUGCAUCAUUGCCAUCCGUUACAGUGCUGUCCGUCGUCAGUCUGAGUUACGCCCUGGGGAGCCUGAGCCACAGAUCCUUGACUACCAGACCCAGCAGUUCAAACUGUUACCUCUUUUGGCUACUGCGUAUGCUUUCCACUUUGUGGGUCAGUACAUGAGACAGACGUACCAUCGCAUCACUGGGGAUAUCAAUUUGGGAGAUUUCAGUGAGCUUCCAGAGCUGCAUGCACUGUCUGCUGGGCUUAAAGCUUUCACCACUUGGGUGGCUAGUGCUGGCAUUGAGGUUUGCCGCAUGUCCUGUGGUGGCCAUGGUUACUCACAUUGCAGCAGUCUUCCUAGUAUUUACGUGAAUUUUACUCCAACUUGCACCUAUGAGGGUGAAAAUACGGUUAUGAUGCUGCAGACUGCUAGGUACUUACUGAAGAGCUAUACGCAAGCCAGUGCUGGCCAAAAGGUCAGUGGCAUGGUAUCAUACUUGAAUGAGAUGUCCCAACAGCGGCUACAGCCUCAACAGGUGUCUGCCCGAAACUCUACAGUGAAUCUCAAAGAUCUGUCCAGUCUAGUUGAAGCUUAUAAGAUCAGGGCUUCCAGGUUGGUUGAACUGGCAGCCAAGAGCCUCCAGACAGAACUUCAGCUCAUGAAGACAAAGGAGGAUGCAUGGAACCAUUGCUCGAUUGAUCUGGUUAGAGCCUCUGAUGUAAGUAUUGCACUGUGAAGCAUCAGUUAGUAU